AUGGCUCUGAACCAGACCACCGCCAUCGACGUCGCCUGCGCGUUGCUGUGCAGCAUCCUCAUCAUGUCCCGGUGCGCGUACCGCGCCGCCUUCCGCUGUCACGGCCACGCCCUCUGCCACCGCCGGUGGCGCAUCGACGACUUCUACAUGGCCUUUGCGCUCCUGCCGCUCGUCGCCCGCACGGUGUCCAUCGUCAUCAGCUUCUCGCUGAACCCGGACCAGUCCACGUCGACUCCCGACGAUGCGGACGCGGCCGAGGCUGGUGUGGGGGUCGGGCAGCUCGCACAGGACUGGGUCACCGCUCGCAAGUUGCUGCUUCCCAGCAGGCUUUGCUAUGCCAUGUUCUCUCUCUGCUCUCAUUUUACAAACGAUUGGUUCAAUCCUUGGGCCUGGGGAGCGCGAAUGGUUCUGGCCUUGUGGUGGAUCAUCGUGCUCAGCUUCAUUGUCAUUGUGAUCGUCACAUUCGCCGAGUGUAAUCCCUUGAGUCUAGCUUGGGAGCUUUCUGCUCCAGGAGAACAACCUCCGGGAUGCAGUCUGGGAAUAUGGAACUUACUAACCAUGGCCUCAACUAACAUCGUAACCGACCUAGCACUCAUCAUGCUGCCAUUUCCAAUCCUCCGUAAUCUGAGCCUAGGUCGCAAAACGAAGAUUCAGCUUGGAUUCCUCUUCGGCAUCGGAGGCAUCGUCGUUAUCAUUACUGUUAUCCGCAUUCCAUUCAUUCUCAUUAGUUCGGUCUCGCAGCGCACGCGCUCCGUGUGGGCCGCCGUCGAGAUCCUGUGCGCUUGCAUCGUAGCAAAUACCGCAUUCUUCUAUGCUGUCGCCAAGGACAUUAAAGGCCAUCACCAUAAAUCACAGUCGGGCUCCUCUGCCAUACCGCCUGGUAACUUCUACCUCCAAAGCCUGCCUUCUACGACACGAUGCGAUCGCACGAAAAAGCUUGGUACCCUUGCCAGACAGAAGGAUGACUCACUCCAUCACGGUGGACUUCAACCAACCAACUUGCUGCUUCUGUGUUCCUAA